AUGGCCUCCCUCCUGCUGAUCGUCUUCGCCGUCAGCCUCGUCACCCAUCUCGCUAGCGCCGUUCCCGCAGCGACCCUCAACGAGCUGCUAUGGAUUCUGUACAACAAGCUCCCUACGCCAACAAGUAAGGCUGCGCGAGAGCAUGAUAAGCUGAAGCGCGAAGUGCUGCGCCUGAAAAAGGAAAUGAACGGCGUCAGCGCCCAGGACGACUUCGCCAGGUGGGCAAAGCUGCGCCGCGCUCACGACAAGGCCUUCGCCGACUUCCAGAAAAACGAAUCUGCUCUGCGCUCCACCCGCACGUCGUUUGACACGACUGUCGCCUCCGUUCGAUGGCUCGCCACAAACGGCCUUCGAUUCUUCCUGCAGCUGUGGUAUGCGAAACAGGCUCUUUUCUGGAUACCGGAAGGCUGGGUCCCUGGAUACGUUGAGUGGAUCCUGGCUUUCCCAAAGGCACCGACGGGCAGCGUAAGCGUCCAGAUCUGGGGCAUUGCUUGCACGAGCGUUAUUUCGCUCCUGAGCGAGGCCCUGGUCGCGCUGUAUGCACUGGUCGUGGGGACGGCAUCGAGCAAGGGGGGCGUGAAGCAGCGGCCAACUCCAGCUACCGGGGGCGAGAGCAAGGAGCUGUGA